AUGCCGCGUCACACUCGAGCACCUAGUCCGGAAUACACCAACAAUGAGGUCUUUCAGCAGGCCAUCAAGGGCAUGGCUCGUGACGCAAGCCCUUCCAUGCGACCGGAGCACGAGUUCAUCGACCCAAAGGUCGCUCUAGCUGAUCCGUUCACUCUCAACGGUGUCACUAGCUCUCAAACUAGCUGGUACACAGGCAAUCAGCCUCUCGGAGAUCAGCACAUCGGAUGUUCCUCCGGCUCUCUGCCCGUCGUCGGCUCAUCCCAGCAGGACCCGUCCUCGUGUGAUGAAGAUGCAGAUGGAGAGGUGGAUGACUCUUAUCAAUCUCAGCACUCUUUCUGGGCACCGGCUCUUGGCGAUACGAGUGUCAGCACGAUCGACUCUCUGGAUCUCGACGACAGUCCGAUUCCUUUGCUGGGCAGGGACGGAAAGUGGCAGGGCAGGGCUCCGUCCACGAACGUGAUCUUUUAUGAUUCCCGGGGUCACGAGCUUCCCCGCGGUGACACUCGCACGGCUCAUCCGAUUGACCACGUCGCAGAGCCAGCUGGGUCGCUCGUGACGUACGCUGCCCCCUAUCGAGGCACCCGCCACCGACGUGCGGCUUCUACGGCGAGCAGCACUGCUGGACCUAGCUCUCGAUCUGCGAAAAAGAAGCAAAAGUCUCGAGUCGACGACGAGCCGUACGGACCUGUCACUCCAGUCAAGCCAAAGAAGAAGCCAAAGCGGAAGCCAGCGAAAAAGCGCAAGCAGCCUGAAUCGAGCAAAAAAGCGACACCGAGCAAGGCGUUCAGCUCGGACGAUCGCCGACGGGACGCUCAUCUCAGCAGCGAGCUUGGCAGCUUGCCUUCCUCGAAAUUGCUCUCCUCGCCUGCCUCGUCUACGGGCAGGUACAGGCUGAGGAACAAGGCCAACGUACCCGUGCUAAGCCUCGCAGCGCUAAUGUCACCAUCUAAAGGUUCUCCCUCCUACGACGAUGUGGUCUACCCCUCUCGACACGCACCCGUCGACAAUGAGAGUCAGGACCUGGUCGAGCCGGCUGGGGCCGAGACACGCCUACUGUCACCGGCGCACGAGACCUCAGCUCAGAUCAAGCCAGACGACGAUCUAAGUCAAGACCCUCAAGACGAACGGAUAGAGGCUGCAGAGGCCUACGUGGAAGAUGUUCCACCCGAAGAGUAUGACGAGGACCUCAAGCCCGAAGACGAAUACCGGCCCGAAGACGAAUACAAGCCUGAAGACGAGUACAAGCCCGAAGACGAGGAAUGGACCUUCGAGGACGACAUGCAGGACAAUGUCAAGCGCGAAGAGUUUACCACCCAAGCAGCACUGCGAGACCGAGGAACGCGUCGGUUCCCGCCGAACUGGGAGAUCCACCCAGACUUCCCAUUGCUCUACCCUCGAUACUCAGUUCCGUCUUCGGUCAGCCCCGAGGUGCUCGAGAUGCUCACUCGAAAUCUCAACUAUGCCGAAGUGGACGACAUCUUCCACGAGAUCGUCGAUCGAGCUCGGACGAGUCACGGCGCGUUCAACAAGCCUCGUUCCAUCCUGGACCUCUACACGCCGCGCUUCGUCAAAGGCGUCAGCGCCCAGAAAGUCGGUAUGUGUCCCGUCUGCUACGAGGAUGGCCGCGUCAAAUUCCUCAAGACCAAAUUCUCCGCCUACAACUACCACCUUCAGAACUUCCACGGCAUCUCGGCACUCACAGGUCUCCCCUUUACGCCACCCUCCAAGUUUCGGGUCAAGAAACGCAACGCAAAGCCGCGCGAAAGGAGCGAGAUCAUCCAAGGCCACUGCCACAGCUGCAAGAAGUACAUAGAUAUGCAGGGCCCCAAAGAGACCGAUGUCAAGGUUGCUGAGAUUUACUGGUGGAAGCACGCACAGGCUUGUCAUCGGAAGUCGAGCGUUCCGGACGGUGUGAGUGGGCUCUUUGUCGAGGAUAAGUGGUACGAGCGGGUCAAGAGGGUGUUGGAGUUGGUUGGCGGGGUCGAGGGCGAGGUGAGGAAGCUGCUCGCUGGCAGCAAGUAG